UGCAGCAGUUACAGGAAAACAGUUCUGUUGACAUGAAAAUCGGAUGUGGCUUGCUGUUUCUGGUGGCCUGCUGCAUUUGGAGGCUAUGCCAGACUAAUCCUUGUCCACCAGGUUAUUACUAUCGUAGAAGUCAUGGCUGCAUGGAAAUCGAUAAGUGUGAAUCGUCACCGUGUGAUCCAUCUGCAACAUGUCGCAACUUAAAGGGGAGCUUUGAAUGUUACUGUGAUCAAGGUCAUAACCCCAUUCCUGGGAGCUCCAGCACUGAAAUAACUUGUGAAGAUAUUGAUGAGUGUACAUCGUCACCGUGUGAUCCAUCAGCAUUAUGUCGUAACAUAAUUGGGAGCUAUGAGUGCUACUGUGGUAUAGGGUUUACCCCCAUUCCUGGGAGCUCCAGCAAUACAACAACUUGUAAAGAUGUGGACGAGUGUGAGAAUGAAGAUGUGUGUGGCAAGAACAUAACCUGUCAUAACUCCUUGGGGAGUUACCGCUGUAUCUGUCGGGCAGGAUUUCAGCCAGUGCCAGAACAAACACAAGGGACCUGUACAGUGCAACCUCUCAACUGUCCCAAACCAGAAAAGCCAAACAAUUCCACCCUCGUACAGUGUGGUGGGAAGCAUUCACAAAUCCUUCAACAGCCAAACUCUGUGGGUAAUGGGUCUUGCUUCAUAGUAGAAUCAGCUCGCCGAUUACUUGACAAAGUCUGUCAGAAUUUCAGCGUCACAAACGAUAUCCAGGCCAUCACAAACUUUACAAAUAGUGUCUUCAGUAGGAAUUCACAGCUACAGAACAUGACGACCAGUCAACAGUUAAAUGUAGCAGCGACCAUCUUGGAUCUCUUGGAGAAUACGGCAAUGGCUGUUGCUUUGACUUUACCCAGUGGAGAAACAAAGUCAAUAUCAGAAGACUCUUUCGCUGGCAAGAUCCAGGUGUUUGGUAAUCAAAGUAUGCCAGGCGACUUGGCAAGAAUCAAGAUCCGGAAUAACAUCAUGGAGAUAAACUGGAGAACGGUCAUGGGAGCAAAAAACUCUGACUUUGCUGCAGUCUCCUUCUUUGUAUUCAGUGACAUGGAAUCCAUUUUGAACAGCGAGAUCCGUAAAGAUGGCGUCAGGCAGUUGGAGGCAACUGAAGGAACAGGCUGGUUAAACUCCAAAGUGGUAACAGCCAGAAUCAGUAACAAAGCAGCCAGCCACGACCUGACAGAAAUGGUCAAUUUUACACUGAAACUAAACCAGGAUACCAAAGAUAACGAAAAGGCCGAAUGCGUUUAUUUGAAGAUAACAGAAGGGGGAAGUUUCUGGUCCUCUGAGGGCUGCUUCCCUAUUAGUUCCAAUGGAAGCUACGUAGUAUGCCAAUGUAACCAUCUGACGAGCUUUGCAAUUUUAAUGUCUGCAAUUGAGAUCGAGGAAGACUGGUCCUUGCUGCUGAUCUCCACUGUCGGGCUCACAGUAUCCCUGCUGUGCCUUGCCACAUCCAUCGUUGUGUUCACCAAGUGCCGCUCCAUCCAAAAGGCCAGCAUCAUCGUGUACAAGCAUCUGAGCAUCAACCUCUUCCUGGCGCAGCUCAUCUUCCUGACAGGAAUCCAUGUGACCAACAAGGUGGUGUGUGCCCUGGUUGCAGGAUGCCUACAUUACUUCUUUCUAACUGUCUUUGCCUGGAUGUUCCUGGAUGCUUUGCAGGUUUUCAUUGUGUGCAGACACCUCACAGUCACAAAGUUUACCCACACAUACAUCAUCAGACGGAGAUACCUGUAUCCCUCCGGCUAUGCUGUCUCUGCACUGAUUGUAAUUAUAUCAGCAGCAAUCCGUCCCUAUGGCUACGGAUCAGAAAAAGACUGCUGGCUGAGGCUAGAGUGGGGUUUUCGAUGGAGUUUCCAAGGGCCAGUCUGCCUUGUGAUUGUGGUGAAUAUGGUGUUGUAUGUCUGGACACUCUGCUUACUGAGGCAUCAUUUGACCAAACGUGAUGUGAAUGUGUCAAAGAUUAAAGACACCACGACCCUGACUCUUAAGGCAACUGCACGUUUGUUUGUCCUGGGAUGCACUUGGAUCUUUGGGAUAUUUAAUAUCAACAAGAGCACCAUCUUCCUCUCCUAUCUAUUCACUGUCAUCAACACUCUCCAGGGCCUCUUUAUUUUCUUGGUCUACUGUGUUUCCAAUCGCCAGGUGAGGGAUGAAGUUCGGAAAUGGUUCAUCAAGUCAAGCACAGACUCAACCAGAAACACCUCAAAUGUUCAGAUGAGUUCUCUUGAGACUCACACAACAUAACCCUCCUGAGGACUCCAGAGGUGACAGCGAUAAGACCAUCCUUGGUUUGUGUGUCUGUGUCUCUAUCUCUGUCUGUCUAUGAGUACAGCGUGUCCAUUGUUUAAAAAGUUGGAUUUGUGUAUUGUUGGCUUUUCUAGCUUUGCCAGGCAAGUUAUUUUGUUUCAUCAUACAAGUUGUUGCUUUUUCUUCACUCUUUCAUGGGAUAUGGGCUUCAAUGGUAAGCUCCCACAGACAGACACGCACAUGUGUGUGCGGUCAUACAGGUAUGUAUACAUAAACGAUAGAUACAUUUGCACUGUCACAUAGAUCUAACAAGCCACCUACAAAGACAUCAGCAACAUGGAUAUAACAUACACACAAGACACUCAUAUAUGUACACGUUUACGGUAUUGAGAAUAAUGCUCAUGUUCCCACCCCACCCUGGUUGAUUCAGUGCUAACGACAGCCACAUUAGGCUUUCUGACUUGUUUGCUUUAGCUCCAUGUUUCUGACUUGUAUGCAAGCUGUGUGUUAUAGAUACUGGUCUUACACCCUGCUUUCUGGAUUUGUUUUAACACCAGAACAUGUUUUCCUAAGUUUCAUGUAUUGAGGUAGAAAUGUUGAUUAACAGGAGUUAAAAUUGUAAUUAAACCAUAUUUGCAAAAGAAAAUGUUCUUGAAAUUUUCUGGACUGUUUAAUAGUUAAAUACAAUUCUUCACCAAUUGUAUUUUAAUAAAGUUUAUUUUUACUGUUAUUACUCUUCUAGGUGUAUUGAGUAAUAUUUGUGAGCAAAUGAGAUUUCAUUUUAUGCUCCAUAUAGAGACACCAAUGUGAC